GUUCACAUUUUACAGAUCAUUAAGUUGAAGCACAAAUACAGUAAUUUCCCUAGGUCAUCAGGCAUUCUAGUUUCAGAAGCUGUGCUCUUACCAUUCUGCUACCAAAUAUUUUAAAAAGAAGAAAAAGUAACAAGAAAACCAGAGUCCAUCGAUUAUUUCAUAGGACAGUCACACCAUGCCAUUCUUCCACUCUUGCAGACACACCUGGCCAUUCAAGCUUCCUCAACGAAUACCUAUCUAUUAUAAGGGAUAUCCAUGCUCUCAUUAUGCUUUAUUAUCUUCCAGAAGUCCUAGUAUUCACAUAGGGAGUUGAGUUAACUGCAAGGUCAAAGUCUGGAAAG